AUUCGAAAAAGACGUCAGCUAAUUUUUAAUAGUCAUUUUAUUAUUUAUUAUAGGUUUUUGUAUAAUAAUGGCUGUUAAAUUUAAUAUAAGUUUUGAAGUUUGAAGACUUUGAUAGUUUAGUUGUUGCUUACUCCGUUGCCACUUCGAUAAUCGAUUUUAGAACAUUGUAAAUACCUAACCGUGGUUACGACAACGUUUUGGUCAUGGGUAAUUUUUUUUAACAAUCAUUAACUUAACAAAGUUCUUUGUAAUCAUGAAGUUAGCGACAGAAUAAACUGAAGACAGUAUUCAGCAUUGUUAUUUGUUAAUUGGCGGCAAAGUAUUUCUUCAAUUUUUUGUGCACAAAAUGCAAUCGAAGACCAAAGGAACUGUGAACCGUUUAUUUAGCAUCAUUUCAUUGUGUUUUAUGUGUUGUGACGUUGUUUAUAUUAAUAUACCUUUUGUAUAACAUUAAAAUGGAUACAAUGCCGAUUAGCAAAGAAGAAGAAGUUCUUUCAGAAUACGAACAAGAAAGAAUCAGGAAUAUUAAGGAAUUUCAAGACCAGUUUAGAGACAUAUUCGACGUAGUGAAAACCUCUGCAAAGACUUUAGCAACUUCUUUACCAAACGAUAAAAAACAAAGUGCCACUAAACAGAUUUUUCGGCCUUCGUCAAAUAUUAAAACGACGUCUGUUCAUCAAAGUUCUGUCAGACGAUCACUACGCAUUGUAAAUGAAAAAAAAAGUGAGUCUACUGUUAAUGAAGUAAUCGAAAAAAAAGAUAGCAAAUUCAAAAAGCAACAAGUUACCAAUUCAUUUAAGUUUCACAAAAAAAUUGAAGUUUUGAAACGAAACGCAGAGUAUCAUAAUUCGCUGGCAGAUAGUGUUAUAAAAAAUCAAGAAAAUUGUGAGCCUCGUUCUAAGAGGAUACGUAAUACUAGCUCAGCAACUGUACCUAGAUUACCUGUGUCACAGGUAAAUCAGCAAAUGUUGCAAAAUAUUAGUUACAGCUCUUAUGGAAAACAAUAUAGUUCUGAGGGAACAACUUGUCACCAAUGCAGGCAAAAAACUUUGGACCAAAAAUCAUAUUGCCGCUACAUACAUUGUAAAGGUUACCGUGGAAUGUUUUGUGGAUUUUGUUUGGGCAAAAGAUACGGUGAAGACGUUGCUGAAGUUCUUUUAAAUCCGAAAUGGGCAUGUCCGCCGUGCCGUGGAUUAUGCAAUUGCAGCAUAUGCAGGCGAAAAGUGGGAAUGGAACCAACUGGAACAUUAGUCCCACAUAUGUCGGUUAGUGGAUUUCAGUCGGUUAGUGACAUGUUGACUAGUAUUGAAGGACAACAAAUAUCUAAGGUAUUCUGUACCAAAACUGAUCUGAGUAUUGCCAACAGAAGUAAUGGCAUUGAAAAAUAAUUUUAUUCGAUUAGAUACAUUUUUCAA